UCUCGUUUAUGUAGUUGAUGUUGUCAGGGGUACAGUCAACAAUAAGCGCAUCUACAUGAAAUAUGGAUUAUCCCAUUGCAAGUUGAGUCCUUUCGGAUAUUUAACACGGUCAUAGAUAGUGUUGCCUUUUAUUGUAUCUAAAGGAAAACAACCUGUCGUCGUGUCUGAAGAAGGCAGGCUCACUCGCUUAGCUAACCUACUGUACUUGCAUGCUAGCUAAGCUACCGUUAUAUGGGUGAAAUGAAUGUUAGUAGCUAGCUACAUAGUUAGCCAUCUUUGCAUGUAUGAUGCUGUUGUCAGCUAUCGUUAGCUAACGCUAGCACACAGUGGCAGAACAGCCAGCAUAUGUACAUCUCCACGAAUAUCCUGCCAGACAUUUAGCUAGUCAUGGAUUAUAGCAAUCGACAUAUCCAUUCAGAAAUGGAUGAUGAAUCUCAGGAAAGCAUGGAUGCGUGUGGCGACUCAUCACCGUAUGUGCCCCCGCACCUCCCUCCAAUGCCUGGCCGAGAGCGGCUUCAGAUUCAGAAGAGCAGUGUCUGCUCCCGGGCUUACUUCGUGGUGGUCAUGGUCUUCUUCCAUGUUUACAUCAUAAACAUCAUUGGGCUGUUGUUCUACGUACACUACAAUAACAGUCCGGCGGAUAUUGUCAGCGCCGACGGGGACACAUCGGCAUCUAGCAGCGGGGUUGACAGCCGCCUGUCCCCGUCAGACCCACCUCAGCAAGACCCUGACCUGGAUGUCCGUCAGAGCUUCAGUCUACCACGCAUCGAGGGGAUACGGGUGGGUCAUGUCCAGAGGGUGUCACUCAAGCCUGACAGAAUCCAGGAAAUGAAGACUCUCAGCCUCAAGCCUCUGCUCUUUGAGAUUCCUGGCUUCCUGUCUGAGGAGGAGUGUGGUGUGGUGGUGCAGCUGGCCCAGCUGAAGGGUCUGAUGGAGAGCCAGGCCACAGUGCCACCAGGAGACCAGGAGGAGGAACUGCAGCCACUGCUCUCCCUCAGCCCCGAGGAGACCUUCAGCCUGCUAGACCUGGACCAAGACGGACUACUGCAGAGACAGGAAGUGAGAGAGGGAGAGAUCUUGAGCCACUCUCGUUCACGGGACGGGACCUGGCUGAGCCCAGAGAACUUACGACAGAUACUCACCGGCCAGGAGGCCAGCCCAGCAGGUGUGUUAACUCUAGAGGAGUUCAGGCGUGUGUGUGACGGCAUGUCCCAGCAUCCCUUGCAGCAGCGAGGCGGAACGAGGCGGGGCCAACCGAAAAGGAAGAGCCGACACACCUGGCUGUAUCAGGGACCAGGAUCACACCACAUACUACACGCACUGAGGAAUAGGGUGACCCAUCUAGCGCGUCUGCCCUCCCCAUUGGUUGAGCUGAGCGAGCCGCUGCAGGUGAUUCGCUACGAGCAGGGAGGCUUCAGCCACGCCCACCACGACAGUAGCCCCUCCCAUCCAGAGACCACCUGCUCACACACACGCCUGGCUGGAAACACUUCGGCACACACCGAGAUCUCCUGCAGGUACAUCACUGUGUUACUCUACCUGAACUCUGUGGAGGGAGGCGGAGAGACCACUUUUCCUGUGGCAGACAAUCGCACCUAUGAGGAGGAGGCAUUAGUGCAGGGUGGUGUGGAUCUGACAGACACACAGCAGAGCUGUAACAGAGGAAACCUCAGGGUGAAACCAACAGCUGGGACUGCUCUCCUCUGGUACAACCAUCUCUCUGAUGGCAAAGGUUGGAUGGGUGAGCUGGAUGAAUACUCCCUCCAUGGGGACUGCCCUGUGACCCGAGGGGUGAAGUGGGUAGCCAACAGCUGGGUGAACGUGGACCCAGACCACCAGCGCCAAGCCCGCUACCAGAGACUGGUGACCCACAGACAGGAGGGCGAGCCGGGCAGAGAGGAGCGGGAAACCCCCCUCCCUCACAGCAACCACCACCAGGACCUGUAGUACUGUAGCUAGGGCUACUGGGAACACACUGUGGGGAGAUGCACACGUUCCUUUAAGCACACGGGCAAAUCACUAUUUCCGCUUAGUCAUGUUGCAUUGAUGUCAAUGGGAGACUAAGUGAACAUUUGACUUAAUGGCAGUUAGGAUUUGCCCCUCAGAAUAUCUGAAAAGACAAAGUACCUGUGUAAUUAAUUGAAUUCAAAACCCAGUUCUAAUUACACAUGCAGACAUUUUAGUUGCAUUUGUCUGUUUUUCAGUCAUAGUUAUGGUUCUGAGGGAUCCAUUCUUGUUUUAAAUGUAGUAUUCACAGCAAAUUGAGCCAAAUUAGAAUCUAAUCAGAUGACCCAUCUAUCUAUGUCUUCCUGACAGGCAGAUUUGAUGUGGGAUUGUAUCUGUAUAGUUCUGUCUAUUUCUUUCAUGAGUGAUGUGAUGUUCUGACAGUAUUUGUCAACAGACAAAUACAAGGGUGCUAGUGGGGGUGCUAGUGGGCUCGAGGAAGCCCAAUAACAAAGCAGGCCCCUGGACCUCAAGCAUCAGAUAUUUACAUUGGCCCAGCCCAAAGUCUUUAGGGAACCCCAAGAGUCCAUGUGUAACUGGUGUGACUGUGUUGCUAACAGCUUCACUUCCUCCACUGUCCCUGUCCUCUUCCUGGUCUUGAACCAGUGGUCCACUGAUUCCAAACACGUGUCCGCUUGCUUGACGUACAAACCAGUUGCGCCACAGAAAAGGAUGAAAUUCAAUGGCCCCAUUUCAAGCUGUGGAUGAGUUUAUCCAGUACAGUUUGGCUCCAUUACACAUCUGUAAUACAAACCCUGUUUCUAUGUUACAGUUCCUGUCUGGUGGUUGUGUUACGAUGAUGAAGAACCACUCAUUCUCAAACCAGCUGUCCUUUCAUACAACUCCUUGUUAAAGAUGGAACCCGCAUUAGGGGAAACAGCGCCACUGUCCGUCCCCAGCACCUUUCGUCAUUGUUUUAGUUUGGGCAAAACAGGGGUGAGGUGCGUUGAGCAGUGUGGUUAAAAACCCUAAAACAUGCAGUACAUAUUCUGCUGUUACGUCGCGCCUGCAAUGAUGUUUGAGAGGCAGAAAAACUGUGAUUUACAGUAACUUCUUUGUUGUUGUGAUAAUAGUUAUUUUUCAAUGUCUGCUUGAUUCAGGAUUCAGAUAAGUGUGUUUAUUUAUUUGUUUAUUUAUCUAUUUAUUGUAUUUGAUUAUUUAUUAUCUAUGUAUUAUUAUUUAUUAACUUAAUAAGGUGAUUGAUGAAUGUAUCAUUAUUACUUGACUGGUUGAUGUUGCAUUGAGUCUAUUACAGUUGUUGUUCACUGUAUACAUACAAUAAGUCAUGGAAAACAAUACAAUUUGUAUGCUUUUUUCUGUAGCUACAGUGAGAUUUAAUUUUUAUCUAAGCCUGCACCGAGGAGCAUUCCAUGUGGUUUUCUCAUUUGGGCAAAAGUCGUUCCUACGUCCUCUUUCCUCUGUGACCGAUAAGAGGUUGAGUGUUUGGAGAGUGUGUCAAUUCGUUAAAAGGCAAAUGGAAGACGGUCCUCCUCGAUAGCCUCCUCUUGGCGAGGAAGCACAACUGAGGUAUAAUAAGAACUGGAGACUGCUUCCAAGAUGUCCGACUGUUGUUUUCAAGGUAAUAUACUCAUGUUAGCAUACGCCGAUUCAUAGGCCUUUUAUCAAUUAGAUUUGCUCACCUCCUGCGUCCUCUCUUCUUCGUCCUCUUUCGCCUCCUUUUGAAAAAGGUCAAAGUUAAUUGAGGAGAGUAACCGUUGAUGGAAAUGCGCUUGCUUGAAAUGAGACGGUCCUUUUAGCUAACCUUUUCCUAACCGUAACCUAAUUAUCCUAACCUGUUGCAUAAAUUCUCCUAACCUGCUACGAAAUGUCAAAUCUGACCUUAAUUUGACAAAAGCUUGAUCCUUUCUAGCCGUGACCCUGGCGCCUUGGGAAGCACAAGCAAUGAUUUUUUAUAACUAACCCAAGAUAGAACACAGCCUGUCAUUUCCAAUGGGAGAAAAUUAAUCAUAGUGUGCAGAACUAGUGCUCAUUCUAGCAUGUAUUUCCAUAUUUCCGUUAGGGAACGCCAACUCUGAAGUGGCGUGGGCAAUAACUCAAUUCACCCCUUCACUCCUAAACAACACACUUUUUAGAAACUUUGACAACGGGUAAAGUCUACAAAAACUUAGUCCACUCUGUUUGUAACAUAUUCUGGUUUUGGGAACAGAAAAAUGUAUUGAGAUCAAAUGCUUCAUCAAUGAGAAAUCCAUCUCACUCGAUCUUCUCCCACUGCCGGCCACUGGGCUUCGAAUCAUCACCAUAUUUGGUGGUGAGUGGAAACGCCACCUUGUUCUUCUAUGAGAUUUAACGGCGGUUGGCAUCCAAUUUGUUGCAUUACCGCCACCUACUGGACUGGAGUACAACUCCAUUGUACUUUACUUGAAAAAGAAAAAUGUACUA